UAUAAAAAGUAAAAUUAAAAAGCUAAAUAACUUUAAACCUAAAAUUUAAAAUUAAAUAAAGAUUUUUGUUAGGUAACUUAAGGUUUUAUCUCUUCCAUGUAAGUCAUGUCACUCGUGUCCCUUAAUUUAUAAAUAUCAAUUUUACCCAUUUGAAAAUAUUUCUUAUAAAUUGUAAAGAUUAUAAAUUUAUAAAAUAAUUGAUUUACAUGAAGCUAAAUGUAUGUGUUUAAUGUUUAUUUAAUUUUUUUUUUAUUGGUGGAAACCUGUGUCAAGAUAGGCCACUGGGUGUCUGGUGGUACAGUAGUGGGUUAUUUUUGUAUAUUUUUGAGUUGGUAGGGUUGUAACACAUGGUAUUGUGCAUGUGUGCCAAGUAUUGUUGCUAAAAACUUGGGAGGUCAUCCAUCCGGGAGCUAGUGACGCAGGGUUCAAUGCAGCUUCAGCACUCUUACAUGAUUGCUGUCAACCCUUGCAGCACACCAUGGCACAUUUUUAUGACUUCUCCAAUAGUGCCUUUCCGAGAGACUGUUGUGGUGCCUCCUAAAGUGGACAUGGCUCAUGAAAUUGUUGAAACCCAGAAUCAAAAAAAUGAAACUGAAGAAAAUGAAACUGGUCUUUUGAAUGUUUAUACUUCAAAUCAUUUGUGUUGUAUUAAAAUUCGAGCGGAACCUUUGCCAAUAGCUGUUACAAAUCUGCUAGAGAAAUCAACGGACAUUUUAAGAGCUUUGUCAGAACAAAAAACUGAAAAUAUUUCGGACGCAUUAGAACGUUUGACAGUUGAAGAUAGUGUUUCUAAAAAUAUUAGAAUUGCUAUAGAUACCUUUCGGUCCCAAUUACAAGAAGCGCUCGGAAAUACCAUGGAUGUGUCUCAAAUUUGGGCUUUUGGACCUAGAAAAUGUGGUCCAAAUAUCUUAUUGAAUAAAAUUCCAAAUUACACAAGGUCAGUGUGGAAUCCAAAAGACAAUGUGAACGAUUUGACAAAGUACGAAAAUAGUUUUAUGAAUGGUUUUCAAAUAGCAACUUUAGCCGGUCCUCUAUGUGAAGAACCAAUGACGGGAGUAUGUUUUGUAGUCGAAGAUUGGACAGUUGAUGUCUCACAACAAACUUCUUGUGAUCCUUAUGGACCAAUGUCUGGGCAAAUCAUGUCAGCUGUGAAAGACGGAUGUCGAAAAGCUUUCCAAGCCCAACCACAAAGACUUAUGGCUGCCAUGUACUCUUGUUCUAUUCAAGCCAAUGCCGAAAUUUUAGGUAAAAUGUAUGCAGUUUUGGGAAGACGUCAUGGUCGAGUUAUAAGUUCUGAUAUGGCGCAUGGUUCAGCAUCCACUUUCAAUAUAACUGCUUUGUUACCAGUUAUCGAAAGCUUUUCAUUUUCUGCAGAAAUACGAAAACAGACAUCUGGUUUGGCUAGUCCACAACUAGUUUUUAGUCAUUGGGAGGUAAUAAAUAUUAAAAAUGAUGAUUGUUAAUAGAACUUUUUGUAUGAAUUAUUUUUAAUAUUUU